UUAUUUUUCAUUCUCAAACGUCAUUGUUGUUUUCACGCGUUUUCCCUCUAAUAAUAAACGUAAUGCUGUUCAGCGUAUAUGGCAUAUAUUUCUGAAGAAACCCCGUCAGCACGGGCCCGGUCUCUGGUUUAAAGCCGCGUGUCGGUGUUGUGUGUCUGGAGCGGUGUAGCAGUGUGUCGGGGCUCGAUCCUCUGAACACAUGAGUGUGUCUCUGGUUGUGAUCAGACUCGAGCUCGCUGAUCAGUCUGAUUCCCCGCACGGCUUUCAGUACUGCGCCGUUUCAGAGAUGUCAGAGGACGAGAUGAGAGAGAAAGCGCUGACCUCUGCUAGAGCGACGCUGGGCAGUAAACCGGAGCUGGAGCGAGCGGCCGUCCUCCACCAGCACCUGGGCAGCCGCGUCAUGAGCGACAUGGUGAUCGAGACCUUCCAGCCCAGCGCAGGAGCCGAGGACGGUAAAGAAGAUCUGAAGUCCACAGCUGACGUAAACGGAGAAGUCAACGAUCAAACGGACGAGAGUGUGACUCCAGACUCUCCCUCCAAACAGCUGCCGGAUCAGAUCUCCUUCUUCAGCGGAAACCCGUCAGUGGAGAUCGUCCACGGCAUCAUGCACCUCUACAAAACUAAUAAGAUGACGUCGCUCACAGAGGACGUGCGGCGCAGCGCGAUGCUGUGCAUCCUCACCGUACCCACCACCAUGACCAGCCACGACCUCAUGAAGUUUGUGGCCCCCUUCAAUGACGUCAUGGAGCACAUGAAGAUCAUCCGGGACUCCAUGCCCAACCAGUACAUGGUGCUGGUAAAGUUCAGGAGUCAGGCCGAUGCUGACAGCUUCUACACAACAUGUAACGGCCGUCAGUUCAACUCCAUUGAGGAUGCUGUCUGCCAGUUAGUCUAUGUGGAGAGAGCGGAAGUCAUCAAAUCUGAAGAGGGGGCCAGUUUACCUGUGAUGGAUCUGACUGAGCUGCCCAAGUGCACUGUGUGUUUGGAGCGCAUGGACGAGUCCGUCAACGGCGUGUUGACCACCCUGUGCAACCACAGCUUUCACAGCCAGUGUCUGCAGAGAUGGGAGGAUGCAUCGUGUCCUGUGUGCAGAUACUGUCAGACUCCGGAACCAGUGGAGGAGAACAAGUGUUUUGAGUGUGGAGUCCAAGAGAAUCUGUGGAUCUGUCUCAUCUGCGGUCACAUCGGCUGCGGACGCUAUGUUAGUCGUCAUGCCUACAAGCACUUUGAGGAAACGCAGCACACUUACGCCAUGCAGCUGACCAAUCACAGGGUCUGGGACUACGCUGGAGAUAACUACGUUCAUCGGCUUGUUGCCAGUAAAACCGACGGGAAGAUGGUGCAGUACGAGUGUGAGGGCGACACGUGUCAGGAUGAGAAGAUCGAUGCGCUGCAGCUCGAGGUGUGUGUGUGUGUGUGUGACUGGGAGAAUAAAAUAGUUCAUCUGGAGAAAGACACAGCGGAGGAGAUCAACAACAUGAAGGCCAAAUUCAAGGAGACGAUUGACAAGUGUGACAGUUUGGAGCGGAAACUCAAUGAACUCGUCAAAGAAAAACAAUCCAUUGAAAAGAAAUGUUCACAGCUGAACAACAAAGUGGUGAAGCUCAGUCAAGAGCUGCGGGAGGAGCAGGAGAUGAACCGAUGCCUGCGAGCCAAUCAGACGCAGCUCCAGGCGCAGCUGCAGGAGGAGGAGAGGCGGGCUCACGAGGCGGCGGCCAAUAAAGACGGCCAGAUCGCCGAGCUGCAGGAGCAGCUGCGAGACGUCAUGUUCUACCUGGAGACGCAGCAGCAGAUCGACCGCAUGCCGGCAGACGCCCGGCAAGAGAUCCAAGAGGGUCAGAUCAACAUUGCUGCGGCCCCACAGCCCGGGCCCUCGGCCCACGGCCCCGGCAAACUGAGCGGCCGCAAGGGACGAUCCAAGAGGGGAAAGUAGCAAAAGAUGUUGUGUUUAGUAUAUUCAGUGCUUAACGGAUGGCAGAAAUGUUGCACAGGAAAUGAGGAAGUUUGAAUAAUCACCCUUCCUCAUGUUAGAAGCUCUAAUAUAUCACGAUUUGUUCGCACGAGGACACCAGUUCCGCUUAGAAAUGUAGCUCAACCGGUUUCAUAUGAAAACAAAGUGCUGUUCUUGUCACACAAUUUUAUUUUCGUAUGUUUUUAGUGUCCUCAUAGUUGGAAGAAGUCAGUUUUUGAUUUACUUUAUGUUUGUGGAAAUGAUUGGAUAUUGCUUUCUGCAACUCUGACAGAAGAAUCCCACAAAAACACGUUUGUGUCAUGUUUCGCUUGGAGAGAAAAAAAAGAAAUGAUAUUUUGCAGUAAUGCACCUGAUGUUUUUUUUUUG